AUGUUAGUGUUUGUAUGUACAUCUGAGACCCCUCUCGGUCAUGAUACUGACCAUCUAGAAGGCAAGGUUGUUUCUGGAAGAACUUUGGAAUAUAAUAAAAUCGAAAAGGUCGAAAGUGGAAUGUUUCGAGGACUUACCAAUUUACAAAAAUUAUAUUUAAACGGAAAUAAUAUUUCGAGUAUUGAACAGGGAAGCUUCGAAAGUCUUUAUCGAUUACAAUUAUUGUCUCUUCACAGAAACAGCAUUUCGCAUUUUUCGAAAGAAAUCUUCCAAGGUCUUCAAAGUUUAAAGGAAUUAUACUUAUACAGAAAUAAUAUUUCGAGUAUUGAACAAGGAAGCUUCGAGGAUCUUUCUAGACUAAAGAUAUUAUAUUUGAAGAAUAAUACGAUCGAAAAAAUCGAUCACCGAAUCUUCCAUAACCUUACCAGUUUAGAGAUAUUAACAUUUGAGCAUAAUAAGAUCGAGAAAGUCGAACGUAGAACCUUCCAAAGUCUUACCAAUUUACAGAAAUUGUAUUUAAAUGGAAAUAAUAUUUCGAGUAUUGAACAAGGAAGCUUCCAAGGCCUUUACCGAUUGCAGCAAUUAUCUCUUCACAUAAAUAAUAUUUCGCAUAUUGAGAAAGGUAUCUUCCAAGAUCUUCCAAUUCUAAAGAAACU